AUGAAGCACCUCGCAGCUUAUCUCCUCCUCGGCCUUGCUGGCAACACGAGCCCAUCUGCCGAUGAUGUCAAGGGCGUCCUCUCCUCCGUCGGUGUCGACGCUGACGACGACCGUCUGUCCAAGCUGCUUGAAGAGCUCGAGGGCAAGGAUAUCAACGAGCUGAUCGCAUCUGGUAGCCAGAAGCUGGCGUCUGUCCCAUCAGGUGGCGGCGGUGGUGGUGCUCCCGCUGCUGGCGGUGCUGCUGCUGCUUCGGGUGGUGGUGCUGCGGCGGCCGAGGAGGCUGCUCCUGCGAAGGAAGAAGAGAAGGAGGAGUCAGACGAGGACAUGGGGUUCGGUCUUUUCGACUAA